AUGCAACAACAAAUGCCACACGCCAAUACCAAUAUUGAAUCUUAUACAAUUUCGCAAUUGCCUAAUCCGAAAUAUACAGAUCGUCAUGAUACACCCGUGUAUACAAUUCUGAGCUCUUCAUAUAUAUACCCAUCAACCAGUGUAAAAUAUCUACCAAUACCCAACCACCAAACAACCUAAACCGCAUCUCUCAACGUCCCACACUCACAUCGCAUGGACGCCCAAGCCUACCUCAUCCGUCACGGAUGGACAGGCCCCGGCAACCCGCUCAACCCCAACCGACGACCCGGCACACACGGCGGUCUCGGUCUGACGCGACCGCUCCUGAUAUCGCGGCGUGAAAACAAGGUCGGCAUUGGGAAGAAAUCCAACAAGGACCCGACGAAUCAAUGGUGGCUGCGGGGUUUUGAGGAAGCACUGAGAGGCGUAGGGCAAGAUGGGGUUGCGACAUCGGCCGGGAGUGAGGGCAAUUCGUUGACGAGGAAUGGUAGCGAGUUGUAUAAAUUUUUUGUAAGGGGGGAGGUUAUUCCGGGGACUUUGGAAGGGGUUGGUGAGAGGCUAGCUACGGAAGUGGCUGCGGAGGAGCCGGAGAAGAAGAAGAAAUCAAAGAGCGAGAAGAAGCGGAAGAGAGGCGACGGUCAAAGCGAGGAUAAUAAUGACGAUGAUGGCGAUCGGAAACGAAAGGAAGAGAAAAGGAAGAAGCGCAAGCUAAAGGAUCUUGAAGAGGCGGGGCUGGAAGUUGACAAGAAAAAGUUGAAGAACAGCAAGAAAUCGAAGGAGCGAGAAACAAACGAUAUCGACUCCGCAUCGUUACCUUCAGCUGAGGUUUCCAACAACGAUUGGGCAGAUGUGCGUUUAUCUGUAAAGAAGAGCAAGAAGGAAAAGAAAGAGAAGAAGAGUUCUAAGGAGAAGAAGAAAACGAAAAAGACCAAAGACCUGCUAUCAGAAGAAAAAUAUCCAACUCCAGAUUCCUCCGUUCAGGAUGGGCUCAUAAUGACAAAAGUUGUCAAGGAGAAAAGGUCAAAAAAAGUAAAGACUGAAAAUCCCGAUUCGAAAAAAGAGAAGAAAGAGAAAAGAAAGAAUAAUGAAAAGAAGACGAAGGAAUCAACAAAGUGAAGAAUUUAGUGCAAGCAUAUGAUACCCAUAUAGAAUACUGGAUACAACGUGUAUAUAAUCAA